GGCUGGUGGCGGGAAGAUUUGUGGCUGAAAGAGAAUUUGGAUCUCCAGUUCAAUUUCAGGAUGGAAUCCAUUUCAGCUCUAACUGAGGAGCUGGAUUCUGUAACCAACGAGCUACAUGCAGUGGAAAUUCAAAUCCAAGAACUUACAGAAAGGCAACAAGAGCUCCUUCAGAAAAAAUCAGUCCUAACAAAGAAAAUACAGCAGUGUUUAGAGGAUUCUGAUGCCGGGGCGAGCAAUGAAUGUGAUUCUUCACCUGCUGCUUGGAAUAAAGAGGAUUUCCCAUGGUCUGGCAAGGUUAAAGAUGUUCUGCAAAAUGUCUUUAAGCUGCAGAAGUUCAGACCACUUCAACUUGAAACUAUUAAUGUUACAAUGGCAGGAAAGGAGGUGUUUCUUGUUAUGCCCACAGGGGGUGGCAAGAGCUUAUGCUACCAGUUACCAGCACUAUGUUCAGAAGGUUUUACACUUGUGAUUUGCCCAUUGAUCUCUCUUAUGGAAGACCAAUUAAUGGUUUUAAAACAACUAGGAAUUUCAGCUACCAUGUUAAAUGCUUCUAGUUCUAAGGUACGCUUCU